AUGGCAAACGAAGCUGAUAACAAGUUCACAUGGCUCAUUAAGAAUUUCUCCUCUUCGGAUGCUGACCAUAUCUAUUCUAGUCAAUUCGUGAUCGGUGACUGCAAAUGGCGUCUUCUCGCAUACCCCAAAGGAGAUAAGAAGGAUAGAGCCUGUUUGGCUCUGUAUCUUGUGGUUGCUGAUUCCAAAACUUUGCCUUUAGGAUGGAGAAGACACACCAAAUUCUCCAUCACUUUAGUGAAUCAAACCUCAGAAAACCUCUCCCUACUCAAAAAAGCGCAACACUGGUUUGAUGAGAAAUCUCACGCAUUGGGCUACUCAGCAAUGCUUCCCCUUGCCAAACUCCAUGACAAAGAUGGCGGCUUUGUGGUCAACGGACAAGUCAAAAUCGUUGCCGAGAUUGACGUGCUUGAGGUUAUUGGCAAACCAGUUGAAUCUGAAGACUCGAACCAACAACAGCCUGUGAAGAAGGUGAAGCGAGAGGAUGAUACUGAUUUGCUCAACAUGACUCCACCAACAGUCACCGAAAGCAUUGACGUCAAUGGCUUUCAAGUUUUCCCUUCACAGGUGGAAUUGGUGAGCCGUGUGUUUAGAAAGUACCCAGAGAUUGCAACAGAUCUUCGAGCAAAGAACGAACCUUUGAGGACAGCAUGCAUGUAUGUCCUCCUAAGCCUGAUCGAGAUACUGUGCAAGUCGAUGGAAGAGUUCUCCGAGGAUAACAUGGUGGAAGCUGAGGAUGCACUAACGUACCUGAAACAUUCGGGGAUUAAGGUGGAUCGUUUGGAGCAGAAACUGGAUGAAGUAAAGGCAAAGAAGAAGGGAGAGAUAGAUAGUGAGAUUCGGAUUCAAGAAUUGGAGGAAGAGCUAGAGGUUUUCAAGCAGAAAUGCUCAGACAUAGAAGCUCAGAUGGAGAUUGAGAAGUCCAAGGUGUUGGCCAACAGAGCUCCUGCUCUAACGCUUGAUGAAGCUGCCUGA